UUGUAUGAAUUUGUAUGCUUCUUUCCGUUUAGUUUCACUUAUUAUAAAUAAAAAAAAAAACUAGUUUCCAAGUUUUACAAACAAACAAAAUUGCUUCCAAAAGGCAAAAGCAACCGCCUCGUUAACCGUCAAAAUCUAUCCAUCAAAGUUAAAGACUCAAAACUGAAAAAAGGUUAGGUUCGUUAUCUUUGAAACGAAAUCAACGAGUUUGGUUUGAUUUUGAAGUAUUUCGAUGGCGACGAGCAUGCUAGGGUUGUCUUCUUUCCCUUGCUACACAGCACCAACCCGUUCUCUUCCAAAUCUUCGUAUCUUAUCUAUUCGACAGGAAUUUCCCCUUGCAAGCAAAAUCGUUGUUAAAAAUUUACCUUAUUUUACUGGUGAGAAUACUUUGCACAAGGAAUUUUCUAAUUUUGGCAAGAUAGCUGAAGUUAAAAUGGUUAAAGAUGCGGUCAGAGAAAGAUCGAAGGGACUUGCUUUUAUUCAAUACACAAAUCAAGACGAAGCGUUGCUUGCACUAGAAAACAUGGAUCAAAAGAAUUUUUACGGCCGGACAAUCUCUGUGAACCUUGCAAAACUUAAUCCUUAUGAUAUGUGUGAACCCCCACCAAGGGCCUCAGGGCCACCAAAGGAGUGUAAUUUAACGGAACCAAGGGACUCGGAGCCACCAAAGAAGUGUAAUUUACCGGAACCAAGGAAGUGGAAUUUACCUGAAGAGCAUGUAGAAGUUGCAGAUUGCUGGUACUGAUCAAAUUUCAAAUUUAUAAAGCUGUAGAAGAGACAAUGAUGGAACAAGUAUAUCAAGUUAUUGAAGGAUUACUAUAGGCUUGAUGAAACAUCAAGUUUUAGCGUGUGUUUAUAACCACGGUGACAGUUUCAUCGAUGUAGGUUGUGUUUGAUUAGUAGUCGAUGGCCUGUAAUGCGGAAGCAAACAUACUCUUAAAUAUGUUGGGGCAACACCGUUGUUCAUACCGAUCUUUCACGUGUUUUUGUCUGUCAGUUUGGAAAUGAAUCGCCCCACCUAUUGUAAUUAGAAAAGAUUUAAUCAAGAACAAGUUAGAAAUGCC